ACAGGUUUGGGACUGCAAUAGUGGCAGACAGGUUCAGAAAGUGUCAUGUUUCCAUUCUACUGUGAAGUGUUUGACAGUUCUUCAAAGGCUGGACGUAUGGUUGUCUGGAGGGAGUGAUCUAUGUGUUUGGAACCGAAAAUUAGAUCUCUUGUGUAAGACCAGUCAUCUUACUGAUGCAGGUAUCACUGCUUUGCUUGAAUUGCCCAAAAAUUGUGUUGCAGCAGCUGUUGGCAAAGAGCUAAUAAUUUUUAGGUUGAGUGCUUCUAACAACGGGUCUGAAGGUUGGGAUGUCCUUGAAGUAAAGCGACUUGUUGACCAUCAGGAUAACAUUCUGUCAUUAGUCAGUGUCAAUGACUUGACUUUUGUGACAGGUUCUCACGUGGGUGAGUUAAUAGUUUGGGAUGCACUUGACUGGACAAUGCAGGCAUCUGAGUGCAACUUCUGGGACACCUCUGUCCAUCCAGAUGUACAGCCAGAAAUAAAGUUAUCCCAAAGCCCAAAUGAGACUUCAGUUCAACACUUAACAUGUGAUACAGAGUGUGUGUUUGCUGCCGUUGGGAAAGGCAUUUUCGUAUAUAAUCUUCAGAUGAAGCGUGUGAUUGCCUCCCAGAGAACUGCCCACGACUCCUCUGUGCUGCACAUUGAGAAGCUUCCAAACAGGCAGCUGAUCUCCUGUUCAGAAGAUGGCAGUGUGCGCAUUUGGGAGCUCAGAGAGAAGCAGCAGCUGCAAGCUGAGCCAGUCCCAACAGGGUUUUUCAACAUGUGGGGAUUUGGAAGGGUGAACAAGCAGGCAAACCAAGCGGCUAAGAAGAUGCAGGAGAAUACACCUAUGUAUUUCUUGGAGCUGGUUGGUGAUUUGAUUGGUCAUUCAUCAGCUGUGCAGAUGUUCCUGUACUUUGGUGAGCUCGGACUGGCUACCUGCUCUGCUGACCACCUCAUCAUUUUGUGGAAGGAUGGUGAACGGGAGUCCAGCCUGCGCAGUCUGACUCUGUUCCAGAAAUUGGCUCAGAAUGGUGAUUUGCAGCUCAAACCCUAA